AUAGGCCCUGUUUUUUAUAAUUAGUUGAAAUAAGAUUGGUUCUAAUAAGAAUGUUAAAAACAUAGUGUUUCUCAACUUGUUAAUAAAAAGAGGAGGGAGAUGUGGCAGGAAGAAUGUAGCAAUGAACCAUGGGAGUUGUGGUCUCCCGGGUUCUCAGACAAUAUUUGAUUGUCAUUGGUUAGAGGGUCACGUGACAUGUUCAGGUGUGGUAUUUAAACCUGGGCAGUUUGAAUAAACGGUAAUUCUGCUCUGGCACUUGUUCGUGUCAGAGUGGGGUUCGUGCCUUGAACAGCACCUCAGGGAAGCCCCAGCAUUACUGCUGUGUCUAUGACACAAUGGGAGGCCCGACAUUCCAUCCCUGGAGACGCUCCAAGAGGAGCAUCCAGACCUGUGUCCAGUCAACAGAAGCGACCGGCCACCGAGCGUGACGGACCAUGGCCCUGUCAGCUCUGUGGCGCCGCUCUGUGAGCUGGAGAUCAGCCCUGACCCGGCUCGUGCAGCUCUUCCGCUCCCCCCAAAGCUCCGGCACCAAAGGCUCAGCCAACCUGCCUCCACCAGCCCCACUGGCAAGCAGCCCUGGCGUUGCUGUUCCAUCCAACACUGCCCGGGGGGGGCCCCAGGGCAGUGGGAAGCCCCUGGCUGGGGCAGACCAACGUGCCCCCCAGGGUCAACUGCAGCCCUACCACCAUCAGGGGAGAGCAGUGGCCCCGGUCCCAGCAGCGCGGCACAGCCAGCGCAGCCCUGCCAGCUCAGCCAACCCCUCCGGGACACCCCUGGGCAGUGGCAGCCCCCCAGACGGGAGCACCCCCAUGGAUGUGGACGUCACCCCGGCACUUAACAUCAGCCUGGCCAGUGACGUCUCCAUGGAGGAGGACGCCCCCCGCGGCUGCGACCUCUCACUGGCCACCGACGUCCCCAUGGAGGAGGACACCGCCCGCGGCUGUGACCUCUCGCUGGCCAGCGAUGUCGCCAUGGAGGAGGACGCCCCCCGAGGCUGCGACCUCUCGCUGGCCAGCGAUGUCCCCAUGGAGGAGGACACCUCCCCGCCCAGGCACACCACCGCCAGCCCCUCAGCCGCACCCCAGCUCCAAGCCACCAGGGAGCCUGGGGUGACUCCAACCAGCCGCGCUCUGCUGAGUGGGAAGGUCCUGCCGCAGGGGACUCAGGGGCACUUGGCUUCCUCCCCGGGGGCUGCAGGGACCAGCCAGGAUGGUGGCAGCAGCGUCCCCGCGCCCACGGACCGCGGAGACACCAAGCUGGAAAGGCGCGGGGCGAAGAGGAAGGGGGGCUCUGAGCCAGGGCCUGCCAUCAAGAUCAAGGCUCCCGCAGCCGGGGCUGGGGCAGGAAGAUUGGCUUAGGCCUGUUAAAGGGAUAGGUCGUUUGGGGACCUAUCCCUGUUUGAGGGAUAGGUCGUUUGGGGACCUAUCCCAGGUUGAGGCAUAGAUCGUUUGGGGAUCUAUGCCAGUUGGAGGGAUAGAUCGUUUGGGGAUCUAUCCCAGCGGGAGGGAGGGAGGGUGUUUAUGUGGGGAAGAUGUAGAUAGAGAUGUAGGGAAGAUGUAGAGAUAGAUGUAGACGUAGAUGUCGGUGGACAGAAAUUGUGUGAACAAUUUCAGUUGCAUUUCUGAGACCUUCCCCUUGGCAUGGCUGGGUGCAGAGAGUAAAAAAUACUGCGCCACUUCUAUGGCGCAGGCCUUGUGCCAAGGUGAAGGAGGAGUUGUUCUGGCAGGAAAACAAGUCUUAUGGACACCUGCUGAUAUCCAAUUAGUACUGUACACCACAGUAUGUUUGCCUUAUGUAUCCAAUGUAACCUGGGGAAGAACCACAUGUCUGUGUGUCGCAGGCAGCAUAUGAGCUGUCUGUCCUCUAAUAAAGCGGACAUUUUUGCCAA